CCGACUUCAGGAAGUACAUUCGGCACUUGAGCACGUUAGUUUUAAUAUUUUAAACAUAUAAUGCUACCAGCAGCACUUUGUAACGUAAUUAACUGAUUUUUCUGUUAUUAAUAUAGCAGGAGGUUCGCAUGUAUCUUUUUAGCGGGUUUCUACAGCGAUAACGGGCUUAGCUGCAGGACAGGUGACAUUUCCCCAAACUAGUGGCUGCUCUCUUCAUGUUGAAGCUGCUGGCCGCUGCUCUGGACCUGCUGCCCCGAUCCCUGCCCCGUCCCUGGUCCAGCAUCCCCUCCAGAGCCCGCCGGCCCGUCAGCGGGAUGCAGUCCGUGCAGGUGCGGUGUGUCCCCGGGGAGUCAAAGCUCACCAUCUCCUUCCUCCUGCGCGGCAGCCACAAGCACAUGCUGCGGGACCAGGACGAGGCUCUGGGGGGGGCGCUGGCCCGCAUCUCCCACGGCGUGGCCAAGGCCCAGGGCCGGGGCAAGAAGGGCCGGAGGGACCCCGAGCAGCAGCCGGCCGAGCCCGCCGUGGUGAAGCUGUUCCUGGGCGCGGACGAGCUGCCGGACUCGCUGCUGAACGCGGAGGCGUGGCGGGAUGGAGCCGUGCUGCAGGUGGGGGAGCUCCGCUACGCCGUGCACAGGAACGCACCCAGCUUCACCCUCGCACAGCUGCCCGCAUCCCUGCUGGCGGGAUUCCCAGUCUGCCCCAAGCUGGAGGUGGAGUUCGGGAGGCUGGAGGACUGCGAGUUCAGGUGGUUCAGAGAAAACCCCCCCGGUGAAAGCCCUGCAGCUGCUGAUGACGCUCCGGGGCUGGACGGUGGAUGGACGGAGGUUGGAUGCGAGCGAGUCCACGUCCCGUCCAAUCAGGACAUUGGCUGCAAACUCAAACUGAGAUGCACACCCAGAGACGGAGGUCGUAGCGGGGAAACCAAAGAGCUGGUUUCUGUUGCCGCUGUGGAGGCGGGACCAGGCAUGUGCACGUUUGACAACCGCCACCCCUACACGGUGAAGGAGGCGGAGUGGCCGGUGGUGAGAGUGGUGUCUUACAACAUCCUCGCUGACGUCUACGCUCAGACGGAGCUGUCCAAAACUGUGCUGUAUCCCUACUGCGCCCCGUAUGCCCUGCAGCUGGACUACAGGCAGAACCUGAUCAAGAAGGAGCUGGCUGGAUACAACGCUGACAUCGUCUGCCUGCAGGAGGUCGACAAAGGGGUGUUUGCCGAUAGUAUGACUCCGGCUCUGGAUGCCUUUGGUCUGAGUGGCGUUUUCAGGAUCAAAGAGAAGCAGCACGAAGGACUGGCCACUUUCUACCGCAGGUCAAAGUUUCGGCUGCUGAGCAGUCACGACAUCAUGCUGAGCGAAGCGCUGACCUCCGACCCCAUUCACUCGGAGCUGCUGGAGAAGCUUUCUGCCAACGGCGCCCUGAAGGAUAAGAUGGUGCAGAGGUCGACUUCGCUGCAGGUCUCUGUGCUCGAGGACCUCGUCCAGCCAGACAGGAAGGUCGUUGUCGCCAACACUCACCUGUAUUGGCAUCCAAAAGGAGGCAACGUUCGCUUGGUCCAGAUGGGCGUGGCUCUGAAGCAUGUGAGUCAUGUGAUCGCUGAAGUUGCACCGCGUGCCCCGCUGGUGUUUUGCGGCGACUUCAACUCCACGCCAAACUCUGGUGUGUACCAGCUGCUCAGCGAAGGUGCGAUUCCUCUCCAGCAUGCUGACUGGAGCAGCUCGGGCCCGGAGGAGUCCUGCAGCAUGGAGCUGAGCUCUGGUUUCCCGCCUCUGCAGAGCGCCUACGGUCUGCCGGCGUACACAAACUACGUUGGAGGAUUUCAUGGUUGCCUGGACUACAUCUUCCUACAGGCGGAGAGCAUGAAGGUGGAGCAGGUGAUUCCUCUGCCCAGUCACCAGGAGGUCACCACCUACGAAGCUCUGCCCAGCGUGGCUCACCCCUCCGACCACAUCGCGCUGGUCUGCGACCUGCGGUGGAACCUCUGACCUCUGACCUCCGACCUCCAUCAGUGGCUCUUCAUUAAAAAAGAAACUUUGCCUUUGAAACCUGUUCCUGUGGGUUCAGUGGAGUACAGAGGUGGGCGAGCGGAGAAACGAGCGGAGCCGAGGUCCCACGCCAAAGAACGUCAUGGAAAUGUUGACAUGAAGUUCGUAUUGUGCAGUCAUGACAUUUCAUCCCUGGUAUUUAGUGUCAGGAUGAAAAACAUUGAUUUAUUUUACUAUUUUAGAUGUCAUUUAUCAUUUUAUUUGGAAGAAAUGUUACUCCUGUUGGUGCUUCCUGUGAAGCAUUAAUGUAUAAGCUUCACUUCCAAGUGAGAUGGUUGAUUAAAUAAAUAUGAACAUUUUAACUGAAAUAUUUAUUAUCAGCAACAUUAUUAUCACACGUGCUGCUCAGUUCCGGUUAAAAGCAUCUAUUUACGCUCUCUGUUCAUUGAAGUGCUUUCUGUUGAUAAAAAUAAAAAGUAGCUAAACAUCCUGUUGUGGUUAUGCAAACUGCUGUAAUCUGAUUACUGUGUUUGGGUUCAUUUAAAAAAGAAAAUCUAUUUUGUUAAAGAAAUGGGGAAAUAAAAUGCACAGUUCUUGAAGUAUGACUAUCAUUAAACUUCAAUUCAGAUAAAUUUGGGACAAGAAGGGAAAAAUGUAAUAAAUGCAUUAAUGAAUAAAGAACUGAGAGUUAUUGCUACAUUUACUUUUUUUGAAAACCAGUUCCUAUCUUAUGGUGUUUAAAUAAAUUUUUUUUAAAUCAUUUUUUACAUUUCAGGCCUUCACCACAUACCCUGAAGGAUAAAUAGUGGGGCAACUUAAAGCUUGUAAGGGGGUGAAUGAAAAUAAACAGGUGACAACGGGUGAUUGUAAAGACUUGACAGCAAUUUCCAUGAAAGUGAGACUUGAGCAAAGAUGGAUGAGGAUCUCCACUGUCACUGUU